AUGUAUCAUGUCAUCGAGUUCGAAGGUUGCUUUUCUGCAGACAGCCAGGUCUUCUCAGAAAUCUUGUUCACCGGCCACCAGCUGGAGUCACUGACAUUUUCAGGAGUUCUUGAAUGCACUCCAUCAACGAUGUUCUGCCUGUAUAGGUCCUCGCUUCCGUUUCUGAUGCACUUUGCUCUCAAGAUUGUCAGUCUGCAUCGGCAUGUCAUGGACAGGAACCUCAUGCCUCCUAUCUCAGAAUUCUUGAGAGAUCACAAACAUCUUCAUUCCUCCCACCUCAUCGUGCUUAGCGCAGACCAUUGUCGCAUUGCUUUUGACGCGUCUGCCUGGGGUGUAUUACCUUCUCUAAUAAACCUCUGCAGUCUUUGUAUCACUUAUCCUAGGGAUCUUUCUCUUUCGCUAGCAGGGUGGCUUAUUCCGCGGAGUGUUCGUGCGCUCACCAUGGAGAUUGUGGUACCGCCUGUAGAGGACCUUCUUUUUUGCAUAAAUGUGAGUUGA